AUGACUGUAUCAAAUUCUAUUGAUAGUUUCUAUACAUCAUUAUCAGAUAAUGAAAACUUUGAAACAACAACUCUUAUUUGGCUUGAUAGUAGAUUAACUGAACUACAAGAAAAUAUAAGAAUUCAACAAGAACUUCGAUCGGCCAUAAAUCACAUAAAAGACUUUGAUAAUAUUGAAGAAUGUAAAAACUAUAUUCAACAUUUAUCCAGAGAUGAUCGAGUGGUUUUGAUCACAAGUGGAAAAGUGGGUAAAGAGUUCGUACCAUACAUUCAUGAUUUUCGACAAAUUACUUCAAUUUAUAUAUUUUGUAUGGAUAAAAAGAAAAAUGAAAUAUGGCCUAAAGCAUUUAUUAAGGUAAAUAAUUGA